CUUUCUGUCAAUCACUGUCCUGAUUGCGCUUAUUCAUAAACCUACAGCUGGCAAUCAUAUACCAUGAUACCUUCCGGGAACCCUGCGAGCCCUGAUUCGCGGAUAGUUUUCUUCUUCGAUAUCGAUAAUUGUCUCUAUUCCCGAGCCUGCAACGUCCAAGAAGAAAUGACAAAGCUCAUCCGCCAAUUCUUCAUCACCCACCUAUCCCUUACCCCCAGCGAAGCCCGCAUCCUACACCAAAAAUACCACCGCGAGUACGGCUUCACCAUCGACGGUCUCUCGCGCCACCACAACAUCACUCCCCUCGUAUUCAACCAAGAAGUCGACGACGCCUUACCCCUAGAGAAAUUGAUUACACCAGAUCCACAACUCCGGAAACUCCUUCUAGCUAUCGACAAAACCAAAGUCAAGCUCUGGCUUUUCACGAACGCUUAUAUCACUCAUGCGAAGCGGGUUGUGAAGCUCCUCCAGGUGGAGGAUCUGUUCGAGGGCAUCACGUAUUGUGAUUAUGCUUGCCAUCCGUUGGUGGGAAAGCCGAGUAGCGAGAUGUAUGAGAAGGCGGAGAGGGAGGCGGGGGCGCUGGGGACGGAGGGGUGUUAUUUUGUGGAUGAUUCAUAUCUAAACUGCAAACAAGCCUCCGAGCGAGGCUGGAAAGCCAUCCACCUGAUCGAACCCAUGGCUCAUGCACCGCAAACGCCAGCAUCACCGUACACGAUACAGAACCUUGAAGAGCUGAGGUCGUUAUUUCCCAGCUUGUUUAAUGCUGCGCUAGGGUAGUCACCCAUACAUAGAACCCAGGAUUACUCAAUAGACUCUAUCUCCCAUUCACUCAAACCCCCGCAGACCG